AUGGACGACGGCAUUGUGCCCGGGACCGCAGGGUUCGGGUCCGACCCGGACCUCGAACACGACUUCGGCACCCACUUCAACACCGACUUCAACCCAGACGUCAACGCCGACUUCAGCAGCGAGUUCAUCUUCGAUUCGGACGAGGCAAGCCCUCUGCCAAACCGCCACGAGACCCCCGAUGUCGAGACACUCCAACCCUUCGUGGAUCUGAUUGACCACGACAAGGGGCUUCCCUCUCCCUCCGACAAUUCCAUGUCCGGCACGCUGUGGUCGAGGAGGACGGACAGCAUCGGGUCGGCCAAGACCAACCUGACCAGCGGAGACCUUUCCAAGGGAAACGACGCAGAUGUCAAGGCAAAUUUUGAAUUCUGCAUGGCGGAUGGGACAAUUCAAAUCGGCCGGCUCGACGGGACCGUGAACCUUUCUGCCAUCGAGAAGUCUGCCAAUAUGGUUCAGUUCGGCACUGGUGCCGGAACCUUUAAUUCGGAUUUCGACAGCCCCACCUAUGCUCCUUCUACUAUGAACAUAGAUGUGUCGCCGAGAACGUCGCCUUUCUCGGGCAUGAUCGCGAGUCAGAGCUCUUCACCCUCUGCCCUGUCACCUAGCAACACCUUCGACACAUGUGGUCUACCCGUCACUGGAAGUCAGUGGGGCAAGUCGUUCAAUGUGGGCAUCCCUUCUUUACAGUUCGACCUACCAAAAAGGGCCCAAGAUCCCAUCCCAGCUCAGUGGGUCGGCAGUGCUAUGGCGAAUGUCGGCGGUCUACGACAAUCGCAAUCGGACCUGCAACCUUACAGGAGACUAGACGUUAUGCCGAUACCUCUCAAGUCGAGGGUCGAGACGCAGAUCCCCGUCAAGCUGGUCUUCACUGGCUUGCCCAAUGGCGUCAAGAACCUCCACCUCCCGCCGCAUACAAUUAGCAAGCCCAAGUUCUUACAAAAACCCACACCGGAGCCCUCGCCGGAUACGCUGGAGUUGCACACUACCCUCGUCUGCUCCAGUGCGAUGAAAGAUGCCGACCUGUGCGAGGCGGCAAUGGAGCGUGCUCGCAAAGCGGCCAGUGGGCAAGCGAACACGGAAGAAGACCAAACAAUAACAAACCCUCAGGAUGGUGGUGUUGUGCAGAUCUGCAAGGGCUGCAUGACGCGCGAACAGAAGCGGGCGGCACGUAAGAAGGUUAAGAAGCCCGACGAGGAACAGGCCUGGGCCAAGGACGAAGACAAAAGAGUCAUUGUCUUCAACUGCAUCGAGGUCAGAGAAUGGCAGCCGUAUAUGCUCGAGGAGCCCGCAUCGCCCAAGCCACAGCCACAACCUCCAGUGUGGUUCGUGGACGUGCCCAUGCGGAUCGCAUGCUAUUGCCGACACCAUUCCGAGAAAGAUGGAUUCAGGGUCAUAUUCACCAUCACCGACUACCGCGGCAACCUCGUCGACCAAGUCAUGUCGCGCUCCAUCAUGAUUACCGACGACCACAAGACCCCGGUGCCGCCAUCGCCUAGUGCAGAUACAACGCCUCAGGGGCCCAACGCCGGAGUGGGCCCUGACCAGAGUCUAACAGCAGGCAUAGGUCCUAGCCAGCCACUUUCCUUCCCGGACUUCUCAGUUCACGAGCACGCCAUGUCAAUGUCAAUGGCGCCAGCCGAUGGGACCUUGGCUGCCCAGUCUCAAACGGCCGCCAUAGUCUCUCCUCCGCGGAAUCUAUCUCGACCUGCCUCGCCUCCGCUACUUGAGCCAUCUUCCAAGAGGCGCAAGCCUAGCGGCUCCAAGAAGGUCCCGAGGGGGCUAACGAUGACAAAGCUGGAGACGGCCUAUCCGUCCGAGUCCCAGCUCGCAAACCCCCCGCCCUUCAGCGCGAGAGAAACAUUAGGGGCAUCACCAUUUUCCCCUACCCCCCCGCCAUUCCUAGCCACCCCCGAGCAGUCGUUGUACGGUGCGGGUGCCGUCGCCUCUGCGCCCGCAAUACCUCUUCGGUUCGCAAACGGCGUCCCGACGCCACCCACCAACGAUCAGCCAUCGAUAUUUUCAAAUGGCAACAGUGCCUCUAGCUUAGAGGCCGCUGGACUGGCCAUGUUUACCCAACCGUCGUCGGUCCAUCCGAGCCGUGCGCCGAGUCCGAACGGAGUGAGGGCAGCGGCAAAUGCUUCCGAGGCACAAGCCAACAACCAGAUGGCCCACGCAAUUUCAGCUGGCUUGUACAAUACAAUCGCCUUGGCGACCCCGGCUACAUCCUCCAUUUCGACCAUUCAUAAGAUCAUUCCUUCUGAAGGGCCCAAAUCUGGUGGUAUAGAAGUUACAGUGCUCGGCUGCGGGUUUCAACAGGGCAUGGAAGUUAUGUUUGGCGACACGCAGGCCACUACAACGACGUUCUGGGGGGCCACUUCCUUGGUGUGUCUGCUUCCGCCGUCUGCCAAGGCGGGUCCUGUGCAUGUGCUUCUCAAACACCAGGCUGUCCAGCCGCCUCAAAAUCCCAAGACGUUCAGGUACGUCGAGGACGAUGAGCAACAGCUCCUGCGCACUGCCCUCGCCGUGCUGGGACACAAAAUGUCUGGCACAUACGACGAUGUGUCUAGCAUCGCGCGGCGAAUCAUUGGCCGUCCAGAACCGUGGAGCCACUCUUCCGGUGGCGAUGGCUCAGCGUUCAACAACUUCACGAUGAACACGAAAUUCGAGAGCCAGGUGCUCCAAGUACUAGAAAUGAUCGACAUGGACGACAGCCCCCAUAAACCCAGGCUGAACCUCAGGAGGAGGACGGGACAGACGAUGUUGCAUCUUGCCUCUGCCAUGGGCCUGCAUCGCUUCGUUGCUGGUCUUCUUGCGCGAGGUGCAAACCCGGAUAUGCGCGACAGGGGAGGCUACACGGCCCUUCACAUGGCGUGCCUCAAUAAUCACCCCGAUAUUGUCAGGCGCUUAAUAUCGUGUGGAGCUGACCCUACGAUCCGGACUCUGUCAGGCUUUACGGCCGCAGACGUUGCUCGGUCACGGGAAGCCCGUCGAGCCGUGAACGGUCCCGAGCGACAUACGAGAUCCCAGAGCGGCACGUCACUCUUUACUCGUGCAAGCAGUGCUGCCAGCCUCACAUCCCUCCGACCCUCGAGACUAGCGGCGGGAGGUAUGUCUAGCGAUAGCCUCGGGCCCGCACCAGAGUCGCCAGAAUAUUCGUCCACGGACAUUUCGGAGACUUCGGGUUCGGAGGAAGCUGAUGAACCUUGGCUUCAAAUGCGACGAAGCAGCGUUCACGAGUCUCGAACACGAGAAAGCAGUCCGCAUCGUCUCCGUCAACCCAAAUCUGGCGACGAUGGAGCCGGGAGGCCAGAAUCGCCCUCUACCGUUACAGGGCUCAAGGAUCACUUCGCUGCACAGCUCCAGCAGUUCCAGCAGUCGAUGGCUUUGCAUCUCCAGAACCUUGCGCAGUUGCCACAGCUGCCUCAGUUUCCACAGUUCCCCCAAUUUCCGCAAUUCCCCCAAUUCCCUUAUCGACCACAACUAAACAUGCCGCUUCUACCGGAAUACCAAGCCGCCGUGAUGCAACGUCUGCAAUCCAUGGUGCCUACUCUUGGCGGGCCCAGGCCGGGGUCGGCUGGAGACCAGGCACCUGUUACCAAGGAGCUGUAUGGCAAGUGGUGGGAUCUAUCAUCGCUGAUGGCCGGUGCUGCUGUCGCCGGUGCUACUGCUUCAACCCCUCCGCCAUCUUACGAAGAUAUAUAUCCACGGCGCGAUGACGGCCUGCACACGAAACAGGCAUCUGCCGCGCAGGCGGCAGCCGAGGCUGAGGCGGAUCUAAAAUGUGCUGCUCUUUACGACACUGCAACGGAGGACCAGAUCGCCAGCAGCACCUCGUCUGCGGCUUCGGCUUUGGCGGCAGUGGAGAUUAAAUCUAAAGAGGCCGACUUUGAAAGACCGGCUCUGCUCCAGAUUGGACGCAAGAACGCAAUCACCAAAGAGCAGCAGGAGAAUCUCCGACGGGAGCAUGCGAAAAAGCUGAAGAGAUUGAGCCGCGACCGCAAUCUUUUCUUCAUCUGGAUUCCACUGCUCCUGUUUGUACUGUGCGCCAUGUCGUACAGCAGAUUCCCAGGCUUCUUUGCGGCCCGGCUAGUUGAAAUUUAA